GCCGCCGUCGCUCAGGUCUCGGAGGAGCGCUGGGGAGGACAAGAUGGCGCUGGAUGGCGGCUCGGGGCUGUUUGGGGCCGCGGCGGCAGCGAACCCCCUAUCUCGCUUCACGUGCCCGGUGUGCCUGGAGGUUUAUGAGAAGCCGGAGCGGGCGCCCUGCGGACACGUCUUUUGCGCUGUUUGCCUACAACAAUGCCUAAAACCGAAGAAACCCGUCUGUGGUGUCUGUCGAAGUGCUCUGUCUCUGGGAACCAAAGCUGUGGACUUAGAAAAGCAAAUUGAAGCAACUGAGGCAACCUGUAGUGGCUGCAAUAAAAACCUGGCCCUAUCAAAAAUGCGCAACCAUGUGGCUUCCUGUUCCAAGUAUCAGAGCUACCUAAUGGAGGGUGUUAAGGCUACCACUAAGGAUAUGACAUAUCAGCCAAGGGAUAUCCCAAACCGAUUUACCUUUCCAUGUCCUUACUGUCCUGAGAAGAACUUUGAUCAGGAAGGACUAGCUGAACACUGCAAAAUGUACCACAGCACGGAUACUAAAUCAGUGGUUUGUCCAAUUUGUGCCUCAAUGCCUUGGGGGGACCCUAAUUACCGGAGCGCCAACUUCAUCGAUCACAUUCAGCGCAGACAUCAAUUUUCCUAUGACACUUUUGUGGAUUAUGAUGUGGACGAAGAUGACAUGAUGAACCAGGCUUUGCUACGCUCCUUGAUAGAUAAAUGAGCUCAAAACUUAUGCUUCAGAGUUCUAAGGUUUACAUAGAAGAAGUAGGAGCAGCAGUUUAUUUUUGAAUGGGCAUGAGAGCUUUUUUUUUUUUUUUUUUUACAGACCUUGAAACUCUUAGGCCCCAUCUUUGCUUCCUCCUUUUUGGCAGGUUUUGUUGUAUUGCACUUCUAUUUUCUGGGUCUUUUUUCUGCAAUGAAAAUGGUGGUAUUUUUUCUUUCACUUCCGCUUUUGUUUUCACCCUUUCCAGUUUUUUCUGGUUACUUCCUAUAAGCUAGAGUCACAUUCUGGGGCAUUGUAGUAAAAUUGAGAUAGCAGAAAGUCUGACUUCUUCAUUUUCUUGCCAUGGAGCUAUAAUAAAACAUUGAGUGUUUCAUUAGACUUUGAGCUAGGAUGGCCUCUAGUCCUUGGCUCUAUCUGCCUAAGGCUGGGAUUAAUUUUCCAGUAAGCUGAAAGCCCUUUUUAGGGUGUUUAGUAGGGUUCAUAAGUGUUGUGAAUGAUAAUUUUUGAUUACGUUUUCAUACAACUCAAGCACACCUCUUAGAAUUCCAUUAAGUUCAGUACCUAGUUGGUAUUGAAUAAAGUAGAAUAAAAUGAAACCCCUUUUAUCAGCAAAAGUAAAUGUUUCUAGAAUUGAAGAGUAAAAUUCUAAAUCUUUGUAAAUGGGCAGGAAUAUUUUUCCCCGGACUAGUGGUGUAUUUUCAGGUGUCUUGCCUGAUAAUCAACCCUCCUCAUUUCGGGGUCUUUUUGUGUUCUCGGUCGUGUUCUUGGUUCUUGGCCCAUGUAGCAAUGUGUUAAAAUUAAAAUUUCAGAACACAAGAGCUUUCCAAAGGAAACUGAGAUGGAAAGAGAUUUUUCAGUUAGGAUUUAUGACAGUAGAAAGCUUGGAUUUUUUUUUCUGAAAGUAAAUUAUAUAAACUGAGAAUUUGUUUUAUUUCUUGAAUGGUUUUUCUGUGGAAUCAGUUUCAACAGAGAAAUCCAUGUAUAAAAUGUUAUCUUUAGUUCAGUGUAAAAUGUAAGAAAUCAGAAUGCCCUCAGGCAGAUCCUGCUAUCUGGAGGUAACAUAGAAGCAAAGUGUUGUCUUAACCAAAAAAAAAAAAAAGAAAGAAAGAAAAAGAAAUCCCCUAAUAUUCAGAGCAUUGUAAAUAGUUCUUUGCACAGAAUAGAAAUGUUGUUUUAUUAAUCAUCUGGAUUUCGAGAUUCGUAUUUCUUUUUUAUUCCAGGAAACCUGCUUUGGAAACUGUUCAGGGAACUUGAAGUUCAGCAUACUUUGCUAAUGUUAAUAAGCACAAGGCCAAAGUGCUUUGAGCCUCUUCUGUAAGAGCUGAGCUCUGCUUGCCUCCUAAUGAACAAAAGGAGGGUGGAACCAGAUCAGGUUUUGAUCUCGUUCUUUAGACUUCAUGUCUGACUGCUGGAUUUAAUCUAGUCAGUGACUGAUGUUCCAGGUAACCAGACAUGCUUUGGGCCUGUAUGCUGCUAUCCUAUCUUUUCCUAAUGGGCUUAAGUAGCAUCUGUAAAUGCCAGUUGAUCCCUGAAAGCCCAUAUAACUCCAAGUGCUAGUGGUUUAGUUUUAACUUUUUAGGCUUUCUUUACUACAGUUGGAUCCCGGAGUUGAGGACAUCACUGUAAUUAAGUUCUAGAGAAAUUUCACUUUAACACUGAAGCAAGCUAUAACUUUCUAGAAGUUAGGUAGGAAAAAAAGUGUCUAAACUUUGGGAUUUGGAAGUUUUGACUAGAGCAUAUCAGACUCACUGGGCAAAGGGAUCAACUUGAUUCCAGUUAUUUUCUUGUAUUAAUCUUAAGUGCACUUCAUAUAUUUCUUGUAAGAAGACUUUCAGAAAAUGAGAACUUUAUCUUGUUCUGACUUAAAAGUCAAAAUAUAAAUAAAUUUAAUAAUUUA